AUGCAGGCGACGACGACGACCAAGGCGGGGCGCAACGGCGAUCGCGCCGGCGCAGGCGCCGAAGGCCCCGCCGCGAUGAGGGCGACGGAGGGGAGGGGCGCCGGCGCCGUGGCAGCACGCAAGGUUGCGGACCCGCGUGGCAUGUCGGCCGUGGAGGCCAAGGACUCCCUGACCAUCGUCGCGCUGCAGUCGCCUGUCACCGUCGAGCGCCCCGUCCGCGGCGACCUCGAGGAGCACGUCCCAAAGCCAUAUCUGGCGCGAGCACUGGCGGCGCCGGACAUCUACCACCCCGACGGAACCACCGACGAUCACGAGCACCACCACCUCAGCGUGAUGCAGCAGCACGUCGCCUUCUUCGACCGCGACGACAACGGCAUCAUCUAUCCGUGGGAAACCUACGAAGGGUGCCGUGCGCUUGGAUUCAACAUGAUCAUGUCUUUCCUCAUCGCACUGGUCGUGAACGUGGCCAUGAGCUACCCCACACUGCCCGGCUGGCUGCCGUCCCCUUUCUUCCCUAUCUACAUCCACAACAUCCACAGGAGUAAACACGGGAGUGACUCUGGUUCCUACGACAACGAGGGCCGGUUCAUGCCGGUGAAUUUCGAGAACAUCUUCAGCAAGUACGCACGCACGUCCCCUGACAGGCUCACCUACAGGGAGGUGUGGCAGAUGACCGAGGGGAACCGCGAGGUGCUCGAUCUCUUCGGCUGGUUCGCGGCGAAGCUGGAGUGGACGAUCCUGUACGUGCUGGCGAGGGACGAGGAAGGGUACCUGGCGAGGGAGGCCAUCCGGCGCAUGUACGACGGGAGCCUGUUCGAGUACGUGGCCAGGCAGCGGGAGCAGCACGCCAAGAUGUCCUAGAUCGGUCUGUGGAUGCAUCGAGCUGAGCCUUUGUGCGGCAGUUGGGGGGUGCAUAGAUAGUGCUCUCCCAGCUUAGCUCUCUGAUCUUGUGCUUUUCUGUAGCAGAACAGAAACCAAACCACACCCCCAGAUGAAUGUCGCAUCUGUUUGUAAUUAACUUUUGUAUCUUGAAUCUUGAUGCGAGCUAGAGAAAUAAGAAUAAUGUGGGUGAUGCCGACGGUAUG